AAAGCCAUUCCGGUAUCUGAUUCGUUUCUCGAUUAAGUACGAGAUAGACUCGUUGACUGGCGAGCGGUAGUCGGCAUAAAGCCCGAAAAAGCUGCACAGGGCAGUCGUCGUCGCUGUUCCUCGCUACAACUUUCGUGUCUUCCCAGUAGCUCUCCCUACUUAGCGAUGCCGGCUGUGGACAUAGCUUCUUCCUCCUCACCAGUGGAGACGGACGAGGCUGGCAAGACGAUGGUGGCUGUGGGCGGCAUGCAGAACAUGGCGUGGGCGUCGGACACGUCCAAGUUUGGUUUCAAAAUGCUGGUCAAGAUGGGCUGGUCGGCUGGAAAGGGUGUGGGUAAGGACCUGCAGGGUCAGGCCACACACGUCAAGAUCGCACGCCGCUCGGAGAAUUUAGGCGUGGGCUGCAGCCUCAAGCAGGCGGAAGUGCAGGGCUGGUCCCAGACGGCGGGUGGUUUUGCAGAUGUGCUCAAGACGCUCAACAAGUCAUACGGCAACAAGUCUAACUCGGAUGCGGAUAGCUCCGAUGAGGGCUCCAGCAGCAGCAGCAGCAGCAGCAGCAGCAAAAAGGUUAAGAAGAGCAAGAAGGAGAAGAAGGAGAAGAAGGCGAAGAAAGAGAAGAAAGCUAAGAAGGAUAGAAAGUCGAAGAAGAGCAAAAAAUCCGGCGGCGAUAAAGCUACGGUCUCGCGACGACUACACUAUCGCAAGCGCCAGUCCAACAAGGACGCCAAAAACUACGGCGCCGCCGAGAUGGCAGCCAUCCUGGGCGUUGCGUCCUCGACCUACAAGCCAGCUGCCGAUGAGUAGACCAUCAUUCGCCGAGUUCUUCCAGCGCAGUCCACGCGCAUGUGUUAAUGACUAUUUAGAGCCUUGGGGCCAAUACAUAGCAAGCUUCCCUUGACAUGUUCAGUCUCCAUCCUCCUUGACAAGCAGCAUGUUGGUCUUGUGCUCCGGCUUCGAAAACGCAUAUCCCUUUCUCUCUUGCAAUCAGUACUUUAUCUGUUUGAUAUUACCUGUAUAAUCAGAUACCCUUAAUAUAUAAUUGGAGCUUAGGCCUG